ACUAGUGAGCAGUGGCAAUGACACCACCACCACCGCCACCUCCACCAGCACCCGGAGUAUUGCCUCCAAUUGCACCAACAUCACCCAACAGCAGCACCCCAGGUGCCGCGAUCGCACCGCCGUCGAAAGUCAUCAGCAAUGGCGGAGGUGGUUCACCGAUCGCCGAUCAUAACGAUCAGCUGAUGGCAGCGAUUCGGAACGGAAUCAACUUGAAACCGGCCAAAACGAAUGAUCGUAGCACUCCAGCGUUCAUCAAACAAUCAAACGGUGUACUCGAUGAUAACGAAGAAACUGCAUCAUCCGCUGGUUACGAUAAAUCUACCUCCAUUGACGAGAUGAAAGAUGCGCUGCAGGCCGAGCUACGUAAUACGCUCAAGCGAAAGAUCAAGAAGCAAGAGCUGGAGGAGGGUGACUGUCAGAAGAACGACGAAAUCGAACGAUCAAUCGAACACACGCGUAAUGAGGUGCAGCUUAAGCUUAAUGGACCAUCGCUACCGCCCGAUACGCCCAAAGUUAACAACCCAUUGAAAACAAUCGUUGAUAUGGUCGAUAAGGAACGUGGUGUGGUUGCUGCUCCUACCAAGCAGCCCAGUCCACUGAUGGCACAGAAAAAAUCCGUUUCUGUACCAUCAACUCCGACCGUUCUUUCAGUCGUCAAUGGUGGCAGUUCCACACUCCGAAAGGUGUCAGCAGGCCAAUAUCCUACUCAAAAUGGAACCACCACAGUCGUUCAAAAAAAUUCUACGCCUGUUGUAGCUUCGGCACCGAUUACAAAAGCUACCAUUGCACCGGUGAAAGCGUCGCCAGUUCUUGGUACUAACCCUGCUAAAGGCAAUAAUGGUGCUGUAGGAAUGAAAAGUCCAACACCAUCUACCGCCCCGGCGGGCAAACUGAUCUCAAACGGAUCUUCGACAACGGAUAGUCCAAAAGGUCCUUCCCCCGUAUCAUCGAGUGUACCGUCCUUUGUUAAUGCUAGUCAAACGGCGGUUCCUUCUGUAAAGUUGACGCCUAGUCCUGUAAAGGUUGCAAAUGGAAGCCUCCCAUCGGGAAAUGUUGCUCCAAAGGCAAACGGAACCGCAUUCAAGAUUAACAGCUUCCAAUCGAAACUACCACCAACGAGCCCUACCAUCAAUGCAAAUAAGACUGCAGUUGGAAAUUCUUACUCGAACACCCUUCCACGAGCCAAUCCGGUGUCAGGCUCCAAGGCUCUUCCCAAGACUUCGACUGGAGCUAUUCCUCCUUCAUACACGAGUUCCGUGAAGGUAUCGAUUGGCAGUUUUGGAGAUAGUUUGCGUUCAAACGCAACCACCAGCCCUAGUCUGCGGAAUGGCAAUCACGCUAAGUUUGAACCACUUACCAUCGAUACGACGACAUCCAACGGUGGUUCCACCAAUGGAACCUCGUCACCAACAACACCGAAGGAACUGCUCUCACCACAAGUAAGGAGUGGUGCAGCGUCCAUACGACCCUCCCAGAUUCGUACGCUAACUAAAGCGGGCAGCGUUGUCAGCCACACCGACAUUCUGGAAACGUCGAAACCAGUCGCAAAGUUGCCGGUAACACUGGUUGAACCUGUACCGGUACUAACGGCUGCCGCUGCCGUUUCACCACCACCGAAGGUGUCCACCAGCAACGUAUCACCACUACCAACACCACCUGCCAAGGAGCGUACACCACUCUUCGAGAAGGCAACCAAAGACGCCCCGAAGAGUCCACUGAACCGGUGGAAUGACAGUGGUUCCGUUUCCGGUGGAACAGCACGGAAACUUCUGCUGACACACGGUCGACCAAACUUCACGAUAAAGCGAUCCAACUCGCGGCAAGGUUUCGAUGUGGACGUACCGGAUGCAAAGGGUGAAUCCGUCAAGCCGGUGUUUCGCAUACUAACGGACUUGGAGAAGAUGGAACAGCAGGAUGAUAGUAGCUACCGGACAGGGCAGGCAGGCCAGGUGGUGACGAAUGCACCGCCCCAAUCGUACGUUUCCUUUGCGAGAGAUCUCUCUAACGCACCGAACAAUCAUCCGGAUGUGAUCGUUGUGACAAAACCGGGCGCCAGUACGAAUGCACCGGCGGAUCCAUUCCUAUCGAACCUGAAGGACAUUAAGAUAGACAUUGGGGAGAUGAAGAUAGUCAACGCGAAGAAUUCAUAG